AUGACAAUCUAUAUAAACCCGUCAUGGGUCAUAAGAAAUCACAUCAAUUCGUCAAAAAAACUCUAUGAAUUUGUAUCCAAGGAAAAUGAAUUCUGUGAAAUUGCUAGUGCCCGAGGGAUUAUUUUUAAAUCGAAAGAUAAACUGAAAAAGUUUGAAGAAUGGUUCAAGAACGAAGAGAAGACAUCCCUCGCCCUCGGUGCAACUUAUAAGGCUUUUAGAUGUAAAUUAUAUCUUUAUAAUUUUAAGAAGGUCUUUGAUACACCUUAUUACAGCAAUCCCCGCUUUACCAAGGUGAACCCCAAAUUGAAGUUGAUAGCAGUUUCAAGGAAUUAUAGAGCGGUACACAGAGAAGCGAAUGAAGCACCAGCUCAUCUGGAACCAAACAAUGAGCAACCUUCCAUCCAACAGCAGAUUCGUGAACUCAAGCAUGACCGCCAACUGAUUGAUGGGCAUUUGAAUGAACUGCAGAAAGAGCUGGAUAGUGUGAAUGCAAGGAUUUUAGAACUUGUUGCGAAUCUACCAGAGUUGCAGGACAAUCUUACACGGUCAGAAAUGAUGGAAGUGUUGCUGCAUUGCUGCACCCAUGGUUCAAUCUUAUAAUAAUCAAUGGAUAGCAAUGGUUUGUGUUCUGCUAUGAUUAUAUCUGAAGUAUGCUUUUAUUUUUCCUAUCUAAAGCAGUUGUUUAAUUCUAAAAGAAAAAGAAAAUUGCUCCACCGAGAGAGCGUGGAGCAAUGAGUUCUGACAUGGAACUUGCCAAAACUCCGCAUAAUUUAUAGUCCAAAAUCCCAUUAGUAUAGUCACGGUGUCAGUUUCAAAAAAUGGACAUUACUCUGUUUCAGGUUGGUUUGUACUCACAUGCUGAAAACCAUGUAACAUAACCUAAAUUUUAGGUUUUUGAGUUCCCUUACCUUUUCUUUCUAACAGAACUUCUAUCAGUCUUUCACUCUUUCUCAUUUGGACUGCUACUCCUUUUUCUUCUGCACACAGUGACACAGAGACUCAUCAUGGUCUCACUUUCAACCACUCCAUCUGUCCAUCACAACCACCACCUUCUUCUUAUUCAUUGUUUAUAUUCAAGAUACAAAUGAACCAGUAAAUGAGCUGAGUUAAAAUGAUUUUCAAAAAAAUAAAUAAAUUUGUUUUCCUUUAAAUCUUUGUAUGAAAUGUCGAAUGUGUAUUAAAUUUGAUUGAUCAUGUUUUUCCCUGAUUGUAGAGUACAAACUUUGUUUAGGUAUACUAAGAGAACCUUUCUGAAUAUGGUGAUAUAUAUGUUUGUAUGAUCUUCUCUUGCUGGAUAUAUAUGUUUGUAGAUGGUAAGUUUUCUAUUGCAAUCUUUGACAAUGGAAAUGCUACCAAGAUGUAUAAGGUGCCGCAUGAUAUCAACAUGGUUGAAUAAUUGUUGAAAAUCUAGAAAUUACUAAAAGUCAGUGAACAGUAUCUUUUGUUUUGUCAACUAUCUGCCUUUAGUUGUCAGUAAACUAGAGUUCAUACCACUGUCCAUUUUCUAGCAUCUUAAAGUGUAAACAUGUCCCGGAAAAGUAGAACUUCGUCGUUUCUAAAUGCAAAUUGUUUCUUUAGCAUGUAAUAAACUAACUGCAAUUAAGUGUAAACUAUAAGUGUCUACAUAAUUAGAACAUAUUGCUUCUUUUGCAUGCAAAUUGCUUACUAAGAUCUUAACUUUCAGAACAAAUUAUUUAUUUUGCUUGAAAUAAUGUAAAGUAAUACAUGUGUUCGGUAGUUUGGAUAUGGGUUGUGACCUGUAAAGCUUUUGGAUUUCUGGUUUCUUGCUCUUUUACUUAUACCUCAUAUUGUUGUGUUGUUGAUUGGAUUCAUAUUUUGUUUUGACUGAACUUAUAGCUCUAGUUUCAGCAGAGCAAUUGAAAAUAUCAUCUUUGAUUUGACCGAAGGAAUCAAAUUAGAUUAUCUUUCCUGACUUGGUAAUUUACUAGCAUCUUGUACACUACAAUGGUAGUAUCCGGUAGUUUUGUGAUUAUGUAUCUGUUAAGUAUUUGAUGUUGGUUAUGAGAUUCUAGAAUGUUCUUAUUUUCUUUAAUUUGAAUGUUUGAGUUGUUCUAAUUGAAGUUUAUUUCUUGUUGAUCCUUGACUGUUGAAGUUCGUCUCUUGGCGCAGACUUGAGAUGGAAUGGAACUAUGGAAGUGCUGGUUUUUACUUUUUUUCUGUCGAGCUUUGAACAGUAUUUUACUUUGUUUAAACUUUUGAUGUUUACGUAUUGUUAGGAAACUUGAACUUUGAAGUAUAUUUCUUGUUUAUGUGAUUAUGUCAGCAGUAAAAGAACUUAAAAUAGUUAUCAAAUUUGGUGUAGUGU